AUGCCGGAAAUUGUACAAAUCCAGGUUGGCCAAUGUGGCAACCAAAUCGGUACUGCAUUCUGGCAGACGAUCUUGGGCGAACACGGUAUAGAUAACGAUGGUAUUUAUCAUGGAGACAACGAAGAACGCAUAGCACGCGCCAACGUCUAUUUCCACGAGAACGCGGGUAGAAAAUAUGUGCCACGCGUGGUGCUUGUCGACCUCGAGCCAGGCACAAUGGAUGCCGUGCGGGCAAGUCCUCUUGCUAGGCUCUUUCGACCGGAUAAUUUCGUCUUUGGCCAAUCUUCUGCCGCGAACAACUGGGCGAAGGGCCACUAUACCGAAGGUGCGGAGCUGGUUGAUGACGCCGUCGAUGUCCCAUUCCCACGCCUUCACUUCUUUCUGGUUGGCUUUGCCCCCUUGACGAGCCGUCAAUCGUUUGCAUUCCGCUCCAGUACGGUAGCCAGUCUCACGCAGCAAAUGAUGGAUCCUCAGAAUAUGAUGGCCGAUUCGGACUUCCGUAACGGCCGCUUCCUCACAUGCUCUGCCAUCUUCCGCGGCAAGAUUGCAGGCAAGGAAGUGGAAGAGCAGAUGCGACGCACUCAAGACAGAAAUUCGGCUUAUUUUGUGGAUUGGAUUCCUAACAAUGUGCAGUCUUCGCUAUGUUCUGUGCCUCCCAAGGGUCUCAACAUGUCGAGUACCUUCGUAGGUAAUUCUACCGCCAUCCAGGAAAUCUUCAAACGGGUAGGAGACCAAUUUCAGGCCAUGUUUCGCCGUAAAGCGUUUUUACACUGGUAUACGGGAGAGGGUAUGGACGAGAUGGAAUUUACUGAGUCAGAAUCCAAUUUGAAUGACCUUGUGGCCGAAUACCAGCAGUAUCAGGACGCAACUGCAGAUGAUGUCGACUUCGACGAGCAUUGGGGUAGGGACGAAGAGGCUGGAGUGGAUGAAAAAGCAGGUGGUAGAACGGAGCACCAGUAG